AUGUCCAAUUCCGAACUGCAGACAAACCCUCGUCAUCAUCAUCAUUCAUGUGAAACCCAUACCACCACCACCACCACAAGGACCACAAGAAUUCUCACACGAUCCCAGGUACAAUCAUGUCUCACGUAUGAAGGCGCCAUGAAAGCCAAUCGAACACUCUUUCAAUCCAAUCUCAACGCACAUCUCCUUCCAAUCCGAACGGUGUUAGAUAUUCCACAGAAUGGACCCACUCUGUUCAUGCCAUGUUUUUUGAAUCCUGAAAAUCAUCAUCCUUCUUCCGACAAUCAUGACACUGCAAAUUUAGGAAUUAAAAUUGUUUCAGUUCGACAAGAUAAUCCAAUCAAAUUUUCAAGAGAUUCCAUAACGGGUUCGAUCAUGUUAUUGAAUGAAUGCAAUGGAGCACUCGAGUGUGUCAUGCAUGCUGGUGACAUUACAGCCGUGAGAACUGCAUGUGGAUCUGCAUUGUGUGUGGAAAGAAUUUUAAAUGUGCAUCAUCAUCAACAACAGCAUUCAAGAAUGGUCCAUACGAGUCAUGAUGAAGAUAUGAAAUCCUAUCAAAAGGAGUUUAAAGUGUUGGGAAUUUUUGGAUGUGGAUUGCAAGGAAAGGCACAUUUAAUGGCCGUACUCAGAAUUGCACGUGAGGUGAAUAAGGUCAUUUUGUGGAAUCCAUCUUUGGAACGUGCUUUGAAAUUGAAAAAUUAUUUAUUGAAUGAAUUUGUAUCUUCACAAGAUUUACCUUUUCAAUUCGUGGAAGAUCAUGAUGAGACCAAUACAACUCGUAGUACCAACAUUUUGGUUGAAGUCAUUACAAAUGCUAAUGAGGCAGUCAAACAAUGUGAUAUCAUUUGUUGUUGCACCAAUGCCUCACAGCCAUUCUUUUCAACAGAGAAUGUUAAAGCAGGAAGUAUUUUGACAUGUAUUGGAUCGUAUAAACCUCACAUGCAAGAAAUUGAAAGCGAUUUGAUCAGUAAAGGUAAAGUCAUUGCUGAUUUGGUAGAGGCAGUCAUGGAAGAAGCUGGAGAUUUGAUCAUUCCUCUUAAAGAAGGCAAAAUUUCACAUGACCAUGUGGUGUGUGGGUUGGGAGAUUUUCUUACGUUUGGACAGGAAGAAAUUGUGAAAAAAUUUAACAUUGGAAAAGAUAUCAUCAUUUAUAAGAGUGUAGGAUUUGCUGGACAAGACAUUUGUGUGGCUAGAGAUAUCUAUGAGCGAGCUGUGGCAAUGAAUAUUGGCACUUGUGUGGACAUGGAGAAGUAG